AUGACGGAAGUGAACAGCUACCCCUCACAGCAUCACAUGUUUAACUGGAAUCUGAUCGACAAGAUGAGCCCGAAAAUGAGCCCGACGGCCCCAAUGAGCACCCCCGAUGACCCGGUGAUCCACAACAGUCCGCCAUCGCUGCGCGGACUUUCUCAGCAAGGACAGCAGCAACUCCAGCAAGGAGGCUAUGGUAAUACGGUGUCGCAGUCGGAGAGCCGCACGCCGAGCUGUGAUUCGCCGGGAGCGGAAGGGAGCGCUGAUGAGCGCAACCGCCGUUCAAAGACUUGCCGCGUCUGCGGAGACCAUGCUACCGGCUACAACUUUAACGUCAUCACCUGCGAGUCGUGCAAGGCGUUUUUCCGACGCAAUGCGCUCCGCCCAAAGGUUCAGGAGUUCAAAUGCCCGUACUCGGAGGACUGCGAGAUCAACCCGGUGAGCCGGCGAUUCUGCCAGAAAUGCCGACUCCGGAAGUGCUUUACGGUUGGCAUGAAGAAAGAGUGGAUCCUGAAUGAGGAGCAGCUUCGUCGGAGAAAGAACUCGCGUCUCAACCACACGGGGAGCCAGAAGAGCAUGAAGUGCGGCUCGCCGACGCACAGUUUUGGUGGGGUCAUGUCGCCGCCGAAGCCGAUGACGAUCGUUUCGCCCGAGCAGCUGCAAUUCGCCACCCCGCAGAACCGGCUCGAGAUGACGCCGCCCAUGAUCAGCCCCAGCUCCACCUCAUACGUGGUCUCCCCGCCGGGUUCGCUCUCCGGCACGCCCGUGUCCCCUCCGUCCACCGGAAUUCUUACCCCGACCACCAACGCGGUGAAUGAUUACGAGCCGAACCUGCUGCUCCAACAGCGCCUCGCCCAGCAGCGCCUCAGCAGCCUGAGCAUGAACACGCCAUCCCCGGUGAAUAUGCCAACCACCGUGACGAGCCCGAUGGGGAUGGGCACGAAUACCCGGAUGGACCCAGUGCGUAGUAACCAGAUCACCCUCUCGAUGGAGGAGUACUCGCAACUGCUCUUGGCUGCCAAGGGAAAUGGCGACGUUCAGACGCCACCAGCCUCGAUGGAUGAGCCACCAGCAAAGAGAGGCAGCUUUGGGCAGGGAAUGAUGGCAAAGCCUUAUAUCGCUCCGAUGGCUCCGGUUACGACAAUGCCGAUGCCAGUGAUCCAACCCGGCUUCCCCGUCCCCAACGAGGCCACCCCACCAAUGAGCAGCUACCAGGAGCGCAUGAGCAACUACUUUGAUCAGACGAUCAUCGAUGCCCUGAACGUCGACAGCCCUGAUGGCCCAUCAGCCUCUGGUGCCAUGCAGCCCGAUGGUGUAGGUUUUACGAUUUGCACGCUGACACCGAUGAACGAGACAAAAUGUGAUCUGAACCGCUCGCUGCCCCGCGCCAACUACCAGCUCAACAUUGCGGAGCUGCGCGAGUUGGACAUGGUCAGGAGCGCAUUUUCGGGGAUGAACGAGCCGAUUGACCAUGGCAAGCCGAUGCAGACGUUCAUGAAGAAUGAUAAAAACCCCACUGACAUCAUGAACAUCAUGGAUAUUGCCAUGCGGCGCAUCGUCAAGAUGUCGAAGAAGCUGCCCGCCUUCAACGAGAUCAGCCAGGACGGAAAAUUCGCGUUGCUCAAGAGCGGCAUGGUGGAGAUGUUGACCGUGCGUGGGGUCCGGCGAUACGAUGAUAGGUCGAAUUCGUGGAGCACGCCGUCGCUGUCGACGGAGUACAAGGUUCCCCUUGGAAUGUUCGAUCGCCUGAAGGAGGGCGUCUGUGAGCUCCAGAAAGAGCGUUUCGUGUCGCUCUACAAAUUCUUCCACGAGGACCUGCGCCAGAACGAGCUUGCCCUGGACUUGUUGAUGUUGAUGGUGCUCUUUACGCCGCGUCCAACCAUCAAAAACCCGCGCGACCUCCAGCUCAUCCAGCGCCAGCAUAGCGAUUAUGCCGCCUUGCUAAACCGCUACCUCGAGUCGAUCUACGGCGACGACGCGCGCAGCUUCAAUGACCAGAUCCCGCGCAUCAUGGAAAAGCUGCGGCUUGCCGCCCAGAAUACGGCAGCCCUCUUCACCGGCAAGGUCAACAAAGACGAUGCCGAGCCACUGGCCAAGGAAUUCUUCUGCAACGACAGU